CUUCGCGGUAAAGAGGCAGAGCUGCAGACUGCUGCCCGAACAUCAAGUCAUCACCCAUGCACCAGAGUAGUGGAUUUCAGCUGUGAAAAUCUGCUGAGAUCCUUUUUGGCCGUUUUAUGCCCCAGCAAUAAGGUGUGUACGCAGGGUUAGCUCCCAUUAGCAGGGUGUGAAGAUGGUGGCCCUGUCGCUGAAGAUCUGCGUGCGGCAGUGCAACGUGGUCAAGACCAUGCAGUUCGAGCCCUCCACGCCCGUCUACGACGCCUGCCGCAUCAUCAGAGAGAGGGUGCCAGAGGCACAGACUGGACAAGCCUCGGACUAUGGUCUCUUCCUGUCAGAUGAGGACCCCAGAAAAGGCAUCUGGCUGGAGUCCGGCCGGACGCUGGACUACUAUAUGCUGCGGAAUGGGGACGUGCUUGAGUACAAGAAGAAGCAGCGUCCUCAGAAGAUCAAGAUGCUGGACGGAGCGGUGAAGACCAUCAUGGUGGACGACUCCAAGACCGUGGGGGAGCUACUGGUCACCAUAUGCAGCCGGAUAGGCAUCACCAACUAUGAGGAGUACUCUCUGAUCCAGGAGCAGUUGGAGGAGAAGAAGGAGGACGGUAUGGGGACCCUCAAGAAGGACCGCUCGGUACUCAGCGACGAGAGGAAGAUGGAGAAACUCAAAGCCAAACUACACACAGACGACGACCUGAACUGGCUGGACCACAGCCGUACGUUUCGGGAGCAGGGCGUAGAGGAGAGCGAGACGCUGCUGCUCAGGAGGAAGUUCUUCUACUCGGACCAGAACGUGGACUCCAGAGACCCCGUCCAGCUCAACCUGCUCUACGUUCAGGCGCGUGACGACAUCCUGAAUGGUUCCCACCCCGUGUCCUUCGACAAGGCGUGUGAGUUCGCCGGCAUCCAGGCCCAGAUCCAGUUCGGCCCCCACGUGGAGCACAAACACAAGCCAGGAUUCCUCGACCUGAAGGAGUUCCUGCCCAAGGAGUACAUCAAGCAGAGGCACUCCGAGAAGAGGAUCUUUCAGGACCAUAAGACGUGUGGUGAGAUGACAGAGAUCGAGGCGAAGGUCAAGUACGUGAAGUUGGCCAGAUCCCUACGCACCUACGGGGUCUCCUUCUUCUUAGUCAAGGAGAAGAUGAAGAGUAAGAAUAAGCUGGUGCCGCGGCUGCUGGGCAUCACCAAGGAGUCUGUGAUGCGCGUAGACGAGAAGACCAAGGAUGUGGUGCAGGAGUGGCCCCUCACCACCGUCAAGAGAUGGGCCGCGUCCCCCAAGAGCUUUACACUGGACUUUGGCGAGUACCAGGAGAGCUAUUACUCUGUCCAGACCACAGAAGGAGAGCAGAUCUCACAGCUCAUCGCCGGAUACAUCGACAUCAUCCUCAAGAAGAAGCAGAGUAAAGAUCGCUUUGGCCUGGACGGAGAUGAGGAGUCUACCAUGCUGGAGGAGUCGGUGUCCCCAAAGAAGUCCACGAUCCUUCAGCAGCAGUUUAACCGCGUGGGCCGCGUGGAGCACGGCUCGGUGGCGCUACCCGGCAUCAUGCGCUCGGGCUCCGUGGGCGGGCCGGAGAACUUCAACAUGGGCACCAUGCCGUCGGCGCAGCAGCAGAUCACCACGGGCCAGAUGCACCGCGGACACAUGCCCCCGCUGAGUCUGGCCCAGCAGGCCUUGAUGGGCACCAUCAACAGCAGCAUGCAGGCGGUGCAGGCGGCCCAAGCGGACCUGGGGGAGGUGGACGACCUGCCCCCCCUCGGGCAGGACAUGGCCUCCCGCGUCUGGGUCCAGAACAAGGUGGAUGAGUCGAAGCACGAGAUCCACUCUCAGGUGGAUGCCAUCACCGCGGGAACCGCCUCCGUCGUCAACCUCACAGCAGGCGACCCGACGGACACAGACUACACGGCUGUGGGCUGUGCCAUCACCACCAUCAGCUCCAACCUGACGGAGAUGUCCAAGGGGGUGAAGCUGCUCGCCGCCCUGGUGGACGACGAGGUGGGCAGCGGCCAGAACCUCAUGGGGGCGGCCCGCAACCUGGCUGGAGCCGUGUCGGACCUCCUGAAGGCAGUGGAGCCCGCGUCUGGAGAGCCUCGUCAGACGGUGUUGACUGCGGCGGGCAGCAUCGGGCAGGCCAGCGGAGACCUGCUCAGGCAGAUGGGGGAGGGGGAGACGGACGACCGCUUCCAGGAAGUGCUGAUGAACUUGGCGAAGGCGGUGGCCAACGCGGCGGCCAUGUUGGUUCUGAAGGCCAAGAACGUGGCCCAGGUGGCCGAGGACCCUGUUCUACAGAACCGAGUCAUCGCCGCGGCAACCCAGUGCGCCCUCUCCACCUCACAGCUGGUGGCCUGCACCAAGGUGGUGAGUCCGACCAUCAGUUCUCCGGUGUGCCAGGAGCAGUUAGUGGAGGCCGGCCGGCUGGUGGAGAGGUCAGUGGAGGGCUGCCUCAAGGCCUGCCACUCCGCCACAGACGAGGGAGACCUGCUCAAACAGGUGAGUGCGGCAGCAGGCACCGUGAGCCAGGCCCUGAGUGACCUCCUGCAACACGUGCGUCACUACGCCAGCUGUGGAGAGCCAAUCGGGCGCUACGACCAGGCCACCGACACCAUCAUGACCGUCACCGAGAGCAUCUUCACAUCCAUGGGAGACGCAGGUGAGAUGGUGCGUCAGGCGCGCGUGCUGGCCCAGGCUACCUCGGACCUUGUGAACGCCAUGCGCUCGGAUGCAGAGGCCGAGAUCGAUGUGGACAACUCCAAGAAGCUCCUGGCCGCCGCCAAACUACUCGCCGAUGCUACCGCCAGGAUGGUAGAGGCAGCGAAGGGAGCGGCAGCUAACCCUGAGAAUGAGAACCAGCAGCAGCGGCUGAGAGAGGCAGCCGAGGGCCUGAGAGUCGCCACCAACGCCGCCGCACAGAACGCCAUCAAGAAGAAACUCGUCAACAGACUGGAAAAUGCAGCUAAGCAGGCAGCAGCCGCGGCCACUCAGACCAUCGCCGCCUCCCAGAACGCUGCAGCGUCCAAUAAGAACAGCGUCUCCCACCAGCAGCUGGUUCUCAGCUGCAAGGCGGUGGCGGACCACAUCCCUCAGCUGGUGCAGGGCAUGAGGAGCAGCCAGGCCCAGCCAGAGGACCUGGGAGCCCAGCUCAGCCUCAUCAUCGCCAGCCAGAACUUCCUGCAGCCGGGCAGUAAGAUGGUAUCGUCUGCGAAGUCUGCGGUGCCCACCGUGUCGGAGCAGGCCGCGGCCAUGCAGCUGGGGCAGUGUGCCAAGAACCUGGCCACCUGUCUUGCAGAGCUACGCACCGCCGCACAGAAGGCUCAUGAGGCGUGCGGCCCGCUGGAGAUUGACUCUGCGUUGAACACAGUUCAGACGCUGAAGAACGAACUGCUGGACGCCAAGAAGUCCGCUCUGGAGGGACAGCUGAAACCUCUGCCUGGAGAAUCGCUGGAGAAGUGUGCUCAGGACCUGGGUAGCACCUCCAAAGCUGUGGGCUCCUCCAUGGCACAGCUCCUCACCUGCGCCGCCCAGGGCAACGAACACUACACAGGUGUGGCGGCUCGGGAGACGGCCCAGGCUCUGAAGACUCUGGCCCAGGCGGCGCGCGGGGUGGCGGCCUGCUCCGUGGAAACCCAGGCGGCGGCCGCCAUGUUGGAUUCGGCGGGUCACGUGAUGGAGGGCUCGGCCAUGCUCAUCAACGAGGCGCACGAGGCCCUGAUCUCUCCCGGUGACGCGGAGUCGCAGCAGAGGCUGGCGCAGGUGGCCAAGGCUGUGUCCCACUCCCUGAAUAACUGUGUGAACUGCCUGCCAGGCCAGAAGGAUGUGGACAUGGCCCUCAGGAGCAUCGGGGAGGCCAGCAAGAAGCUGCAAGUGGACAACCUCCCUCCGUGCUCCAAGUCCUUCCAGGAGGCCCAGAGCGACCUGAACCACACGGCUGCCGAGCUGAACCACUCGGCUGGGGAGGUUGUCCACUCCUCCCGCGGCACCAGCAGACAGCUCUCCGAGGCCUCCGGAAAGUUCAGCGAGGACUUUGACGAAUUCCUGGACGCCGGCAUCGAGAUGGCCGGACACACACCGAGGAAAGAUGACCAGAUCCAGGUGAUCAGCAACCUGAAGAACAUCUCCAUGGCCUCCAGCAAGUUGCUGCUCGCCGCCAAGUCCCUCUCGGUGGACCCAGGGGCAGCAAACGCCAAGAACCUCCUCGCAGCUGCAGCAAGGGCGGUGACUGAGAGCAUCAACCAGCUGAUCACCCUGUGCACCCAGCAGGCCCCCGGCCAGAAGGAGUGUGACAACGCCCUGAGAGAACUGGAGGCUGUGCGAGGGCUGCUGGACAACCCUAAUGAGCCUGUGAGUGAUUUGUCUUAUUUCGACUGCAUCGAGAGCGUCAUGGAAAACUCCAAGGUGCUGGGUGAGUCCAUGGCGGGGAUCUCUCAGAACUGUAAGACAGGAGACGUGUCUGCGUUUGGGGAGAGCGUGGGCGUGGCGUCCAAGGCCCUUUGCGGGCUCACCGAGGCAGCAGGACAGGCUUCCUACUUGGUGGGCGUGUCAGACCCCAACAGCCAAUCAGGUCACCAGGGGCUUGUGGACCCGAUCCAGUUUGCCCGGGCCAAUCAGGCGAUCCAGAUGGCCUGCCAGAACCUGGUGGACCCAGCCAGUAGCCCCUCACAGGUCCUGUCCGCCGCCACCAUUGUGGCCAAGCACACCUCGGCCCUGUGCAACGCCUGUCGCCUGGCCUCCUCCAAGACGGCCAAUCCCGUCGCUCGAAGGCAAUUUGUGCAGUCGGCUAAGGAAGUGGCCAACACCACCGCUAACCUGGUCAAGACCAUCAAGGCGUUGGAUGGAGAUUUCUCCAAUGAGAACCGCGAACGCUGCCGUGUGGCCACUGCGCCGCUCAUCGAGGCCGUGGAGAACCUGUCCACCUUCGCCUCCAACCCUGAGUUCGCCAGCAUUCCUGCACAGAUAAGCAACGAGGGCUCGGCUGCUCAGGAGCCAAUCCUGUGCUCCGCUCGCUCCAUGCUGGACAGCUCCACCUCGCUGCUGGAAACGGCCCGCUCGCUCAUCCUCAACCCAAAAGACCCGCCCACUUGGUCUGUGCUGGCUGGACACUCGCGCACCGUAUCGGACUCCAUCAAGGGCCUCAUCACAGCCAUCAGGGAUAAGGCCCCGGGCCAGAGGGAGUGUGACCACUCCAUCGACAGCAUCAACAAGUGCAUCAGAGACAUCGAGCAGGCCUCGCUGGCGGCUGUGGGCCAGAGUCUGCCCAGCAGAGACGACAUCUCCCUGGAGGCCUUGCAGGAGCAGCUGACGUCAGCGGUCCAGGAGAUUGGUCACCUGAUCGACCCCGUCUCCACGGCAGCCAGAGGAGAGGCCGCCCAGCUGGGCCACAAGGUGACCCAGCUGGCGAACUACUUUGAGCCCCUGAUCGUGGCGUCCGUGGGCGUGGCGUCCAAGCUGAAUGACCACCAGCAGCAGAUGAACAUCCUGGACCAGACCAAGACCCUGUCCGAGUCCGCCCUGCAGAUGCUCUACGCCGCCAAGGAGGGAGGCGGCAACCCCAAGGCGGCGCAUACCCACGAUGCCAUAGCGGAGGCAGCCCAGCUGAUGAAGGAGGCGGUGGACGACAUCAUGGUCACCCUGAACGAGGCGGCCAGCGAAGGGGGCAUGGUGGGGGGCAUGGUGGAGUCCAUAGCAGAGGCCAUGGGCAGGUUGGGCGAGGGAACUCCCCCUGAGCCGGAAGGAACCUUUGUGGACUAUCAGACCACCAUGGUGAAAUACUCUAAAGCCAUCGCCGUCACCGCACAGGAAAUGAUGACCAAGUCUGUGACGUGUCCGGAUGAGCUGGGUGGCCUGGCGUCUCAGGUGACGGUGGACUACAGCCAGCUGGCGCAGCAGGGACGCCUCGCCGCAGCCACCGCCGAGCCAGAGGAGGUGGGAGGUCAGAUUAAGUCUCGUGUGCAGGAGUUGGGUCAUGGCUGCAUCUUCCUGGUCCAGAAGGCCGGAUCGCUGCAGAUCAGCCCCACCGACAGCUUCACCAAGCGGGAACUCAUCGACUGCGCUCGCACCGUCACCGAGAAGGUCUCCAUGGUCCUGUCUGCGCUGCAGGCGGGUAAUAAGGGUACCCAGGCCUGCAUCACCGCUGCCAGCUCUGUGUCGGGCAUCAUUGCAGACCUGGACACCACCAUCAUGUUCGCCUCCGCCGGCACGCUCAACUCCGAGAACGACGAGUCCUUCGCCGACCACAGAGAGAGCAUCCUGAAGACGGCCAAGGCGCUGGUGGAGGACACUAAGAUGCUGGUGGCAGGGGCGGCGUCCAGCCAGGAGAAGCUGGCCCAGGCAGCCCAAUCCUCCGCCAAGACCAUCACCCAGCUCACAGAGGUGGUCAAGCUGGGAGCCACCAGCAUGGGCUCCGACGACCCCGAGACACAGGUGGUGUUGAUUAACGCGGUGAGGGACGUGGCGAAGGCCUUGGCUGAGCUCAUCGGCGCCACCAAGUGUGCAGCAGGCAAAGCUGCAGACGACCCCUCCAUGUACCAGCUGAAGAGUGCCGCUAAAGUGAUGGUGACUAACGUGACGUCUCUUCUGAAGACGGUGAAGGCCGUAGAGGACGAGGCCACGCGGGGCACCCGGGCCCUGGAGGCUGCCAUCGAAUGCAUCAAGCAGGAACUCACUGUUUUCCAGUCGAGGGAGGUUCCGGAGAAGUCCACGACUCCCGAGGAGUUCAUCCGCAUGACCAAGGGCAUCACCAUGGCAACCGCUAAGGCCGUCGCCGCAGGCAACUCGGCCCAGCAGGAAGACGUGAUCGCCACCGCCAACCUCAGCCGCAAAGCCAUCGCCGACAUGCUCACCACCUGCAAGCAAGCGGCGUACCACCCGGAGGUGGCUGAGGACGUGAGGAACAAGGCUCUGCUGUACGGCAUCGAGUGCACCACCGGAUACGUAGACCUGCUGGAGCACGUCCUGCUGGUCCUUCAGAAGCCCACCGCAGAGCAGAAGCAGCAGCUGGCCGUGUUCUCCAAGAAGGUGGCCGGCUCCGUCACAGAACUCAUACAGACCGCAGAAGCCAUGAAGGGGACGGAGUGGGUGGAUCCGGAGGACCCCACGGUCAUCGCGGAGACAGAGCUGCUCGGGGCAGCAGCAUCCAUCGAGGCGGCCGCCAAGAAGCUGGAGCAGCUCAAACCCAGAGCCAAGCCCAAGCAAGCCGACGAGUCUCUGGAUUUCGAGGAGCAGAUCUUGGAGGCUGCCAAGUCCAUCGCCGCGGCGACCAGUGCUCUCGUGAAGUCCGCAUCCGCUGCUCAGAGGGAGCUGGUGGCGCAGGGCAAGGUUGGCUCCAGCCCUGCCAAUGCAGUGGAUGAUGGCCAGUGGUCCCAGGGCCUCAUAUCCGCCGCACGUAUGGUGGCUGCAGCGACCAGUAACCUGUGUGAGGCGGCGAACGCAUCGGUGCAGGGCCACGCCAGCGAGGAGAAACUCAUCUCCUCCGCCAAGCAGGUGGCCGCCUCCACGGCACAACUACUGGUGGCCUGCAAAGUCAAGGCAGACCAGGACUCAGAAGCUAUGAGGAGACUACAGGCGGCGGGUAAUGCAGUGAAGCGUGCCUCUGAUAACCUGGUGAAGGCGGCCCAGAAGGCUGCGUUUGACAAACCGGACGACGACAGCGUGGUGGUCAAGACCAAAUUCGUGGGAGGCAUCGCUCAGAUCAUCGCUGCGCAGGAGGAGAUGCUGCGUAAGGAGCGGGAGCUGGAGGAGGCGCGUAAGAAGUUGGCCCAGAUCCGCCAGCAGCAGUACAAGUUCCUGCCCAGCGAGCUACGCGAGGACGAGAGCUGAGUGACGCCCCGGCCGCCCAAUCGCACGCCACUCCACGCCGGGACCUACGCCAUCACGCAGCCCAAUCAGGAUGGUGGAUGCCCACUAAUAACACUCGGCACCUCUGCUCGGCCAAUCGAACUUGCUGAAAGAUACGGGGAGGGAUAGGGGAAGCUAUGGUAAAUGUUGAUUGGUUGGUGAGCGCUGGCUACUUGUGAAUCCUUUGUACCAAGUGCAAAGCUUACUGGCUGUCGCUGGUCGCGUCAAUCAAGGAAAGGGGAGGGGCUAUUAUCUAACGACACAUCAUGGGGCAAGGUUAAUGUGUGAUUGAUUGGGUGGGAUUUGAGACAAGCUAGUCGACACUCGAGAAAACUCGCUGGAAGCCUUGACGAGUGGGUGUGUGUGUGUGUGUGUGUGUGUGUGUGUGUGUGUGUGUGUGUGUGUGUGUGUGUGUGUGUGUGUGUGUGUGUGUGUGUGUGUGUGUGUGUGGAUAUAAGUGUAUGUGUGAAGGUGUUAAAGAUAUGUGUGUGUCUGUGUGUUUUCUUUGUGGGUGUGGGUGUGUCUGAAGUGUGUGUGUGUCUGAGGUGUGUGAGUCUUUCAAUACAAAUAGAAGCAAGGGCCAUCUGAACAUAGGUAUAUACGAUUUACAAGGCCUGACGUUUAAGAUAUCAUACCGUGCAGACAUGAGUUGGCGUGUAUUGAACUUCAUGAUAUUAAAUAUUAAAGGCCUCAUAUUUUAUAAUAAUAAUAAGAAGUAUACACUUACGCAAUAAAUGCUAUAAUGUAUCCUUGUGUUUUACGAUGCGACAUGAUUAUUAAUGGUGAGAGUAAACCCUGUGGAUGGCGUACGUACGUGAGUGUCCAAGUCUUGUGUGAGCGAUUGCAAUAGGAUGUCUUUUCUUACUUAACUUCUGACACGUACCGUACGUCUGGCUUAAAACCACUAAUAUUAAAUAAAUUACACAUAGGAAUGCCACGCCCAACUUCUCUCUGAACAUUCCCCUCCCCCUCCUGUUUACAGCUGCGCCUGCCGCAUGGUUUUAGCGUCCUCACCUCACCAACACCACACAUCCUCAACGCCACGCAACGCCAAGGGGGCUAGCGAGCAGUAUUAAAACACAUAUCACACAUAUCAUAUGCUAACGGCUAGGCUAGCACCCAACCUUUUUAGUCUGCUUGCUGGCUAAGCCUCGUUGCUUACCACAGUCCGUCAUGUCGUCGGAUGCACAUUGUCAUGUUUUAGUGAAAGGAAGGAAAUCACCACUGACUUUUGUUUACGUCUUUCUGUGUGUCAUAAGAACAAGGGGUGACAUGAUUGGAAGGAGAACUGUAGACGUGUAGCUCUAUCACAGGAUAGCAUGGAAGACUUCAGUGAUGAGAGGUGUGAUGUGCUUGUACGUAUGUGCAGUUUUCUCCUGAAGUGUGCUCUUGGUCAGCAGCAGUAUCUGGGCAAGUUUGAUAAUUGGGUAAAGUUUCAUAACUGAUUUCAUACGCACAAGGUUCUGGUUCCAUUUUGUUCCUUUAAAGCAAGGUCGGUGGUUGUCAGGUGCACAAGAACAGUGAACUUAAUCUGUCCCUUCAAGCUAACUUUGAACUCACACACAC